AUGUCCUCACGGAAUAAGAGAGAGAGGAAGAAAGAGGGCAAACUGCAGAGAAGGAAAACUGAAGCCAGUCCCACAAGGAGGGAGCCAUCUAUUGCUUCAGAAGUUGCUGGCUUCAGUGGAAUUCCUGUCCAAGAAGAAUGUCACAAACAGAUUGAGACCCCACUUCAUUUAAAAAUCUUAACUAAGGAAUCCAGCCUUCCUCCACAUCAAAGAAUGACUAAAGAGGAGAAACCACUCAAAUGCUCAGAAUGUGGAAAGUGCUUUUACUGGAAACACUUUACUACACAUCAAAGAAUCCACAUGGGUGUGAGGCCGUAUACAUGCUCAGAAUGCGGAAAGAGCUUCAGAUGUAAUUUACGUCUUUGGUCUCAUUAA